UUAAAGCGUCCGUCCAGUGUGAGAAAAUAUCUGCAAGUCCUUGACAAUCAAACAAAGUGAUCAGGAAAGAGCAAGAAGACCCAACAUCCCCAAACGACCCCAGUCCCACUGCUGCUCCUUCAGGGGGAGGAUUUACCUGCAACAGUCCGGCAGGGGGCGGUAAAGGUGCUGUCCCGCCCCCGCAGCAGCGGCAGCAGCGGGACCAUAGAUCCAUGAGCGGGACGCGGAGAUCAGACAGAACAGGACAGGAUGUCGGCAGAGUUCAAACUGCAGCUGCUGCAGAGGCACGUCCGAGCCUACCCGGACUUCCCCAAGAAAGGAGUCCUGUUCAGAGAUAUCUGUCCCAUCCUGAAAGAGCCAGCAGCUCUGACCGCUGCCAUCGACCUGUUUGAAGAACAUGUGAGGAAGAAGCACCCGCAGGUGGAACUGAUCGUGGGUUUAGAUGCCCGGGGCUUCCUGUUUGGACCGCUGCUUGCUCAGAGACUCGGUGUCGGCUUCGUCCUGGUCAGGAAGAAAGGAAAGCUGCCUGGAGCCACCGUGUCUGUGUCAUACGACCUGGAAUACGGGAAGGCAGAAAUGGAGAUCCAGGAGGAUGCGGUGUCCGAGGGGCAGAAGGUUCUGAUCAUCGAUGAUCUUCUCGCUACUGGAGGGACGCUGCAUGCUGCCUGCCAGCUGAUGAGGACGCGGGCCGCCGAGGUUCUGGGCUGCAUGGUUCUGAUCGAGCUCACAGACCUGAACGGUGCUGCCAGACUGGGACCUCACAGCGUUUUCUCUCUGCUCCAGUACUGACGGCAGCGCUGGGAACACCCCGGGGUGCCUUUCCCAGUCCAGGUCCUGGUGGGGACCAGGCCCUGGAGGACUGCUGCCUUUACUCAACAAGAAACCAUCAAACCUGAUAUGUUACUGAACAAGGCUCUGACACCAUCAGCUCCCUCUACAGCAGCAGCACGUUUUUAUUUUAAAUUCAGCCACAUGUUUCAUGGUCAAAUGAAAUCACAGUUGGAUCAGGUGGUGAAGGGACUAACACACGGGCCACGGUCCACGUCAGUCCAGCAGAAACCAUCCUGGAAAGAUGUUCUCCACAAUCAAGCUGACAAGGUCCAAAAGGGUUCUCAGGAGGAAAAGAGCAUUGUGUAUUGAUGGAAAAACACUGGUAAAUACAAAGUUAAAUCAAUACAUUUUUGUUUAAAAAAAUACACUUUGUACAAUAACCUUUUGUGGUGAAAAUAAGCUGCUUAUUAAACACUGUAUUCCUAAUCACAUCAAGGCAAAUGUUUCUGUUCACUAAUUAUGUUACGUUCAAAUCUAAGUCAGAAAAAAUAGUGCUUGUUAGGCUUACUGCAAUGUUUCUUUGCAUAUAGCACGAGUCAUGCCCCCAAUCCCAAACUCCACCCUAAACCCUCAAACCCUGAGCCCUCACAGACUUUCAGUGACGUCAGCGUCACGUGAUCAAGUGAGGGUGUGAGGGCUCCAAAUGGUAAAAAUAAGAAUGGGACAGCACUUAGCAGGAAAUACAAUAUGUAUUUCCUUGUUAACAUUGUCUUUCUUUCAAUCUACCCAUACCAGCGCAUCCAGUAUGCCAGGAUCAAUCACCGAGUAAUUUCUUUUUUGUAAGCGUGUAAACUGAUGGUAUCCUGAGUUAAAUAUUCCAUCUGUGUUAUGACCAUCUAAUAUUACUUUCCAUUUUUCAGCAUGAUGUCAUUUCAUUUUUGUAAGAGAGCGUAUAAAUUGAUGGUAACCUGAGCUAAAUAUUUCAGUUAUAUCAUUACUAUUUACUGCAACGUUUUUGUUCAACAUAAAUAAAUGAAUAACCAAAUAA